AUGGACAACAAUAGUAGCACUACUUCGACAGCAUCAAAUGAAAAUGAAUGUUUCCUAACUGACGAGCAAAUUAAGCAGUCCUACAAUUUAACACUUCAUAUCGUGUCUGUAUUUGUAUUAUUAAUUAUAUCAUUUCUUGGUGCUUCUUUUUCGGUUGCAUCAACACGAGUUAAAUUUUUACGGGUUAAUCCAAUUAUCAUCAAUACAGGAAAAUUCUUUGGCAGCGGAGUUGUAUUAGCAACAGGUUUUAUUCAUAUAUUACCCGAUGCAAUGGAAACAUUGACUGAUCCUUGUUUACCUGAUACUUGGAAUGUAUAUGGUGCUUAUGCCGGUCUUUUUGCUAUGUUAGCGGUUCUUGGUAUGCAAUUAAUUGAGUUCUUAGCUCAUCAACGGUUUCGUUCAACAAAACAUGGACAUGCUCAUAUAACAACGAAAGAUAGUAUCAAUGAAUUAACGAAACAAGAAAGUGAAGAUAAUGAUGCAACUGUCGAAUCUACCGAUAUCAAACAAAUUCCUAAUGAAAUUGUUGAAUCUGUAUCUACGGAACAUAAAAAUGAUAAGAUUAAAAAGCCUCGAAAGAAAAAUCAUGUGCAUGAUAAAAUUGAAAAUAUAAAACAAACCGAUAAUGAAACAGAAGAACUGGAAAAAGUAGUACACGUUGAAUAUAUUGGAAAACCUAAAAAGAAGACAGAAACACAUGAUCACAAUGACGAAUCUAUAAACAUGAAAAAAGUCCCCAGUAAAACUGAAGUAUCAGACAUUAUGAAUCAAAAUAGUACCAUAGUUAUUGAAAUACCACCUAUUGAAGCUAACUUUUCAUCGACUGAUCAUUGUGAAUCAUCGGGACAUUGUCAUGGUGCAAUUUUUCAAGAUGAUGGUGAACAAAAUAAAAUAAGUGCUUAUUUACUUGAAUUUGGUAUAGCUCUUCAUUCAGUUCUUAUUGGAUUAACAUUGGGUACGGCAACUGAAUCGUUCGUUGCUCUAUUUAUUGCACUUAGUUUUCAUCAAUUUUUUGAAGCAAUUGCUCUUGGUGCACAAAUUGCUCGUUCAAACAGAAUCUCCAUUAAAUCAGCUAUUUUUAUGGUUAUUUUUUUUUCGUUUACAACACCUGUUGGUAUUGCUAUUGGCAUUGGUAUUCAUUCUGGUACAUACAAUCCAAAAUCAGUUACUUCAUUACUUGUUACUGGUACCUUAGAUUCAUUAUCAGCUGGAAUUCUUAUUUAUGUAGCUCUUGUUAAUUUAAUUACAGCUGACAUGGGUCCUCAUGCACUUGAAUUUCAUUCAUUAAGUAAACGAUUAAAAUUCUUAUAUUUUGCAGCAUUAUAUCUAGGUGUUGCAGCUAUGGCUGUUAUUGGUCGAUGGGCUUAA